AUGGGCGGCAGGGGAUAUGCCCUAACACACCGGGAGGGAGAGGAGAUCCUGGAGCUGGAAAUCGAUGUGGAUGAACUCCUGGACACGGAGAGCGAUGAUACCCGGGCUGCCAGGAUCAAGGAGCAACUGGUUGACUGUUACAAACCCACUGAGGCCUUCAUCUGUGGCCUGCUGGACAAGAUCUGGGGCAUGCAGAAGUUGAGCACACCCCAGAAGAAGUAA